UGGCUGAUGGUUUAGCAUUUAGCACCCAAAGACCUAAUUAUAUACCAGCCAGUUUAAACAAUAUUUUUUUGGAAUUUAGCAGAGAUCUUAAUUGUUCGCAACCUCUCAACGGAAAUUUACUUCCCUGGGUCAAAGAAGGAACGCCAGCCCAGCAAAUUGCAAAAAAAUGUCAGAUCAAUGAAAAUCGUAAAGUAGUUGGGGUUCACCCUUCUCCUCGUAGUGCUGAUCGUGGUUUUUUUGGUACACGUCCUUUCUCUAAGACUAAUCAGUUAUUAUCUGAAUCGGGCAAAGAACCAGUUAACUGA